ACGGCACAUAUUCCCAGGUCAUCUCUUUUCAGAUGCCACAUUUAUUGGUGCCAAAUAACAAGGACCAUUCUCCAAUCUCGCUAAUUCGGAUUAGAAUUCCUACUUCACCUAUAACAUAAUUAUUGAAGCCCCUGUCAAUCCGAAGUGACGAAGAAUACACACCCUGUUCCAUUCCUGCAGUGAAUGAGAAUUGAGCUGCAAUCCUAUUACAGAAAUAUGGUGAAUAUGUCCAAAGAUUUCACAAGGGAGGAAGGACUAGGGAGGAAGAUCAGUCAUCACAGCAACACCAUUUUUGGCAGCAAACCUGUGGCAUACGGAUAUUUCUCAUUUCCUGGGGAGAGAGGCAGAUUUCAGAAGCCCUGGUCGAAAUUCUUCUCAGGAGUUCCUAAGGUUCUCUCAGCAGCUUUUGAUACUAUUAACCACAGUAUCCUUCUGGACCACCUGUCUGGGAGCACUCUAACACAAUCAUCCCAAGUCCUACCUGACAGAACAGGUUGGCUGGAGCAUCACCUGUGUAACUUAUAUUUGAAUAUGAAAGACACACACUACCUGGGCACUGGCUGAACAGUAUGUUGCAGAGAUCUACUGCCAAAAAAGAGCAAAAUGCUCCGGUGGAAACAGAGAUAAGGCUUCAAAGAGAGCUAGUUGAUUGAGAGUUAAAACAUUGCUGAAACAGACACAAAAUGUCAUAUAGAAGAGAUGAAAUGUGGUCUGAUGAACGAUACGAAUAUGAAAGACUUCCACGAGAACGGCUUCCUCCACGGGUACGUCCUGAUGGUAUGCUGUAUUCAUUUGGCAGCGUUAAACUUCAGGAGCCAGAAAGCUUUCAACAUUUUGAACAUGCUGGAUGUUGGAUAAGAAUGAACAGGGAUGACUACGCUCGAGUAGUCAGCUUUGCACCCAAGAAGCCAAUUCUAGAGAGACCCAGUGAAGGAAGCUACAGUAGAUACGAGUAUAGUCAUGCUCAUGUUGGCUAUAGAGACUACGAUGAAGGUCGCAGCUUUGCCCACGAAAGAAGAAGUGCCCCACCACAUAGAAGUGAUGAUCCAGGAUAUAGAUGGCCAAGGGAUGAACAUCCUGCUAGUCGUCAGCCUGAUUAUAGGGACAUCAGAGAUGGCAUGCGCCGGAAAAACAUGUAUCCCCACUACCCAAGAGAGCGAUCCCCACAUAAGAAGGAUUCUCCUUACUUCAGGGAAUCGCCUGUCAACCGAAGGGAUUCUCCUCACAGCAGAUCUGGCUCCAGCGUCAGCAGCAGGAGUUAUUCGCCUGACAGAAGCAAAGCCUAUGCCUUCCACCAGCCCCAGCAUAGCAGAAGUAUAUCAUCUUUACAUAAAAGAAAUAUUUCUCAACCAGGUAAAGAAAGAUCUUCAUCUCAGUCAUUGAAAACAUCAAGAGAAGUAUCGCCCUCAGGAACCACAGCAGUACCACCUUCAAAGGCUUUGGACAAAAGCAGCAGAUUAUCGGAAAAGGAACUUGUAGAGGCUGCAAGCAGGUGGGCAGCUGAGAAAGGAGAGAAAGCAGAUGCAAGCAGUGUACCUGAAAUUUCAGAGUAUGAUGCUGGAUCUGCAGAACAGUUAUAUGCUGAGCACCAUGAAGAAACGGGUGCCAACGUAACGGACAAUAACGAAUUGUAUGAAGACAGUCAGCGUGUUAGUCGCUCAAAGGCAAUUGCUGCAAAGACAAAGGAGAUUGAACAAGUCUAUAGACAAGAUUGUGAAACCUUUGGUGCUGUAGUGAAGAUGCUGAUUGAAAAAGAUCCUUCGCUGGAAAAACCCAUCCAGUUUUCCUUGAGACAAAACCUGCAUGAGAUUGGUGAGAGAUGUAUUGAGGAACUUAAACACUUCAUUGCAGAAUAUGAUAGUGCCAGUCAAGAAUUUGGAGACUCCUAAAAUCAAGUCUGGAUUAUUAAUAUGUAAAUACUGCUUAUUUAAAUGUAAUGAAAACUAGUGAUUUUCCACCAACAUCUAUAUUGCAGAAUUUUCUCCUUUCAGAUAAACAUUUGGAACUUGUUUAUGAUAUGGCAGUUCCUCUGCCAGGGUGACCAUUUUAGCUAUUCAUUUAAUUAAAGGCAAAAUUGUAUUUUGAAGCACUGUUAUGGUCAUCUUUGUGUUUCAGUACAUUCCAUUUGACUUUAGAGUGGAAAAAAGACAGUGACUGGAUCCAGACUCACAUGAGUGGGAACAAUUUAAGCACAAUUGAAUAUGCCUAAUUACAGAAACAUGCCACAAUCUGCAUAUAGACCUGGCAGUCCAUAUUUAGUUUAGUAGUGUUAAUGCUUAUUGCAGAAAUGGAUAUGCAAUAGUCACUGUGCAAAUGUAUGUAUUUAUAUGUAUGUUUACAUGUGUGUAGUCUUUAUUUGAAGUUGCAUUGCAACUUUGAGUAAACCAUUGUUGAAACAUUGUAAUGGUUUAACCUUGUUUUAUUUUAGUGGUAGUGCUUUUUGAAAUGACCUGUAAUUAAACAAAAUUUGUAAAUCAGUUUGAGAAUUUAUAUUUCAUUGAUCAAGAUCCUGUACAGUUAGUUAACUUGUCUCUGCCAUGAGCAGUAUUUGACCCUUUUAUUUGUAUUUUUAAUCCUAGAAGCAGUAUAGUGGAAGAAAAUGUAGACUAUUCUGGAAUGUUCAUUUUUUCAUUUCAAUUUCAGUAUUUGUAAAAAUGUUUCAUGUUUGUAUAAGAACUCUUUUUAAGGCAACAACUUUUAUAAGCAACAAGAUAACUAUGUAGCUUAGCACUGUAGAAAUGCUAUUAUAGUUAUUUUUCCCUGGCUGUGUGUGGCUAAGUAGUAAGGCACCUGGGGGAAGAUAAGAGCUAUCCUUCUGCCCCCCUCACCUCUGGCCAGGCUCUUUGGGAUAAAACCAGACGCAACAUUAAAACAUGUCUGUCUUCUUCUAAAUUGCUAGAGGGGCUCCAAUUAUUUGCCCUGAGGUAAGUUCACAUAUAAUGGGGAACAUCCAAGCUAAUAUUUGUGUGAACAUUCUGUUUGUGCAGGCUGGGGAGAGCGGCAACCUUUGCUUACCCUCUCAAGGUUUUUGGUGGGUGGGGAGAGAAAUCAUCCUUGUAAAAGCAGAAAUAUUCCAUUUUUGCAAAUACUUGUGUGGAUACUACCCAUUGUAUAAGGUACUUAUGGAGUGUUGAGCUAUAUGUGUUAACAUGCUUAUGCUUCAAUGUUCUGUAAACCUGUUUUAUAAAACAAAGCAAACAGUCACUGCCGUGUGUAGGUCUGUUUCUCCAAACCAUGUUUGGAUGAUACUAAGAAACAAAACCACCAAAAGCUCCAGUACAGUUUCUCAGUUGUGUAUUCAUUAAGGUCAAAAGUGGUUAAGAUUUUAAGGAAAGCAAGCAUAAAGCAAUCCUAAUUUUACCUAGUGAGCCGGUAUUUGUGAAUAAGCUCAAAUGAAAACUGACAGUAAAAAGGCAAAUUCCAUAGGGCUUAUAAACAAGCCAUGAUACUGACAGUACUAUUUAAAAAUGUCAGGUGUGGCUGCAUUUAGAAUUUGUGAAUAGUUGUUUGUGUGACCAUAUUGCAGAGAUAUGACACAUCCUUUCAUUCACCUUUAGACAGUAGGCAGUUUCUAGAUUAAAUCAUGAAUAAUUUAAGAUUGGGUACUGCCCUACAUGCCUUGGUUUUUUUGGAUGGUACAGUUAAAGACCACACACAAAAUCCCAUUCUUGGGCAGUUACAUACGAGUCCCAUAUUUUAAGGCUAGGCUUUAUACUAGCAUCCUGGACCUAGCCAUCUUCUCACAAAGGAUUUUGUUCUUGAAAGAUUAAAUCUUAUCAGUAUUUAUUUGAAAAUCAGUGAGAAGGAAAUCCUACUUGGCAGACAAACUUGUGUACUGGAUUUGAAGUAGAAAGGUUUUGUUGGAUUUGCCUGUGUGUGUGUGUGCGCACACAUGCGCGCGUGUGCAUUUACACAGUUUUCUUGACCCAUAAAUAAUUCCUUUAAUGUUAAGGAUCAUAGCUUAAACAGUAUUUACAUAGCUCCACCAUGCAUACAGAGCUUUACUGUCAAAUAUUUAAACAUUUCACUACUAUAAACUUGUGAACAUUUAACAAACUCUUGCCUGACUUAAGCUGAUGUUAAACCCUCAAAUAAAACUACUUUUGUAUUAA